AUGGAGAUCGAUUCCUUACCUCAAACCCCGAUGAAUAAUGACAACUCUUGUUCUCAGCAAGAUCCGAUAAGGUUGCUCGAUGCACAACUGAAAGAGCACUUCACCUUGUUGUACAUGCUUGAGCCAGGAGAUCACCUGAACUCCAAGCUCGGUUUACAAGACCUGUACAAGAAGAGCUUGCUUUCCACAUUCUUCUACAGAGAACCUUUAACUGCUCUUUAUGCGCACACUAUGUUUCAAGCAAUCUCGUUCAUUGUUGGAUGCUACUUGGUUGUCAAUGCAUACCUGAUGUCAAUGCCCUAUCAUGAUUACCCACAUCGGUUGGUAAAGGUCAAUACAGAUCUGAUCCAGACUCCUUAUCAAAGAAAUCCAACAUGGAUUGACUUCAGUCUGGCAAGUUGUGCUUGGGACGAAAAUCUCCAUUUCGUUCUGUUGGAGGUGCAAGGAUUUGCAUUGAUUUUGUCUGCAAUGUUUGCUUAUUACGGAGGCACUAGGGCUCCAAAACGGAUAAUUGCUUAUUCCGGCUUGAUUGAUGGCAUUGGAAACCUCAUCCUUUACAUUGGAUCGAACGGGAAUUCUUCUAAUUUUGCGGCAUAUGAUUGCUUGGUAUCGUUCUUUGUGACCAUUUUCAUUUUUCCUUGCCCCAUUCUAUUCAUGGAGGCGUUUGUUCUUGAGCUGAUUGAAGCUUCUCUGUGUAUCAGAGUGAUAGCUCAUGGUUUGAACAAAACAUUCAGGGUAUAUUUACUGGUUACUCUGGGAUUGUUCACUCUGGCACUAGUGAAGAAAAUUUCGCGUAAAGCAACUGCCUCGAAAGAGAUGAAAGAAGAUGCGGCACAAUUCGAUUCUGCUUGGCAAACAAUCAGGGCGAGACCUGAAGUGCAAGCUUUGCUUCAAGAAACUGACCGAGUGUUGAAUGACUUCUUCGCCGUGUAUCCAACCAAGUCUAUUCCAAACUGCAAGCAUACUUUCAUGAUGCCGACAUCUCUGAUGGAGCAGCCUUCUGCCGGUAAACUGAGUCGCAGGAGCUCGAGGAGCUCGAAAAUACACCCGAUCGACUCGAUGAUCUCGAUUUCAGUCAGCUCUUUUACAGACUCUGUGCCCUCCUUUCCUGUGCAAAAUUUGGAUCAAUUGUAUGCGAGAUCAGUUGUUGUGCUUCCAAUUUUCUUGCGCAAGGUCAUCGCGAUCGGCAGCGAUUGGAGAGGAUAUUGUUGCAAUGAGCACGCCAACAACAGUGGGAAAGAGUAUGUGCCGUACAAAGACUUGGAUAAAUCUUCACCAGUGGUUGAAAAUGUAUAUUUCUCAAGCAUCAAGAACGUUCAAAGGUCGGUUGAGAAAAUCCUAACUUUCUUGAAUGGCGACGUUUCACAGUUGACUGACGUGGUGCGACAAAGCAUCUUCUUUGACAACCUGGAAGACCUGAAUGGAGCUUUAAAACAAAUCAUGGAAGAUCACGAGAUUGAAGUUGUCUUCAUUAGAAAUCGCCUCUCCUGCGCUUGCAGCGGGUACCGAGAUAUCACUAUAAACAUUUGCUUCAUUCACGACGUGGCCAUUCAGACCAACUUGCUGGGACACAUCUGUGAGAUUCGUCUUGCUCUGAUGGAGAUGCACUCUCUGAUAUCUCCCGCUAAGCAUCAAGAGUACCUUCACAGGAAGCUUGUGCUGCAGAGUCGCCGAAUCGACAGAGGGCGCGGAAGCAACUUUCUCUUGCUCAUCAAGCAGGGUCGCAAGUUUCUGCAAACAUUCUCUUUCUUCAUGCAAGCAAGGAUCAGGAGUGAAGCUUCAAGUGGAGCGGCUAUCGCCGCUCAAAGUCCGCUCCUCAUAGCAGGGAAGGGAAUGUUGCCAGGAGGCUUCUUAGACUACCUCAUCCACUCAGCAGAGGCUGGCGUCCAAGAUGCAAAGACCGCAAGUGUAAUGUUUUCCUCAAGACCUCUCAGCAAUGUGAUUCGCAAGCGCCUAUUUCAGGUUGCCCUGAUAGCGACAGGUGUUAUCAUGAUCGCAAGUUGGAUCGUGAACAAGAAUCUUGCAAUCGUAACUCUCUGGAAAAAUCGGCGCUACGAUGUUUCUCAUGCCCGCAUCACUGUGCUACGAGUAAGAUCCCCCCAUGUCAAGAAUGCAUCCAUCACUGGGGUAGGUUUCUUGAAAGACUGUGAGAGGUUCAAUCCGACCUUAGUGGCGUCGAGAGGAACUCAAUUCUUCUACUCAUUUGACAGGCAAGUUGUCGUGAAUGGAUGGGAGUUCUACACAGGUUCAUCCAACUCUUCUUUCUCUCAUGAUCCUCUAGCUCUUGAAAUGCACGUGAGCGACGAGAGCUUGGAGGUGGAUCCGACUGCUUUGAGCGAAGCUCGUUGGACCUUGAUUUCAAAGUUUGAUUGCGCCUUGAGCUCAACAACCGAGCUCUGUCACUCUCAGGUCGCGAACAUCACCAGGACACGGAACCAACGGUAUCACUUCGAUCUCAGAAUCUCAUGGGAGGCCGUAGGUGAGAUCAUCGGAAUGGUACUGAGACUCACGGCGACCUUUGGCACUGCUGCGCUUGCCUGUGCUGGCUUCAUCUUCUUGGGCAAGACAGCCUCUGCCAGCGCGUUCCAUGUGGCAGGAGUUGUUGACAUUGUCAUCGCCGUGUUCACUCCUCUGGAUACCCUCGGGUUCUGGCAAUCAUUUCUGUGGGGCGUCUUGGAGCUGGGUUAUGGACUUGUCAUGCAAUUCAAAGAAGAGCACACGCUGACCUUGAUGCCUGUUUUCUGCGUCGCUGGAUCCUUCAUGAACACACUCCUGAUCGACCUGAGGGAAGGGCACCUGAGUAUCACUCUCGUCACACUGCGACCGAACCACACGUUCCUCUUCUUUGCCUGGCUGCUCUUCUACGUGUGGAGACAGUACCUGCUCUUUCAGUCGUUCAAGAAGAUCGAGCGAGACAUUCAGCAAUAUCACCAGCUGUGGAAGGAGGUUGCGCGAGACCCAGUCAACUUGGCGGAGCUCAACGACAUUGUCGCCAAGAUCGAAGUGCAGGCGUCGGUCGUCCAGCACUUGCCGCGUUCGUCGACGGCAGGAAGCUUGCGUCGCACGCCCAUCGGGUUGGAAAACAGCCGGAGAGGAGGAACGUCUCAACGACGACCGAGUUUGAUUCAACGGGGAUCUAAUCUUUCGUCCAUCAUUGAGGUGACGAGGACAGUGACGUUUGUUCCCUGGCACCUGAAGAUCGACUCGCUAGAGCAGCUCUAUGCGCAAGCUCUCGUGAUUCAGCCUGUCUUCUUCGAGAAGAUGAAGGAGUUGGGCUCGCGAUGCGAAUGUCUCUUUCUCGUGGACGAGGAGGUGGGAGGGGGCAAGCGAUACAUCUCCUGGGCAGAGACCAUCGAAGACCCUGAGAGCAGAGCUUUGAUCAGACGACCUGUGCUCAAGAGCGUCCACCGCGCCAUCCAAAAGGUAGUUCGAUCCUACAACGGUGACGUGUCGCGUCUCAUGGACAUUGUGCGGUAUGCACUGGUGUUUGAGGACAUCGUCAAGCUCAAGCAAGCCGUCGAGAUCAUCAGAGACGACCCAGCGAUCUACAUCGCACGAGUUAAGAACAGGUUUGAUCAAAGCUACAUCUCGAUGAAGUCAGGCGGUUACCGGGACAUUUGUUUGAACAUUCGCGUCAGCAACGACUACACACGCAAGUUCUUUGUCGACAAUCACCUUUGUGAGCUGCAGCUUGUGCUGAAGAGCUUCAUGGACCUGAGAAGCGAGAAAGGGCACAAGAACUACCGCGUCUUUCGCGAUCAACGAUGUGAAUAG